AUGGCAUCAUCGGGAGUCAACCUGUGCCAUCUGCCUUCUGAAACUGCUAUCAGCAACGAAGUCAAGUUUUCACCUUCCGCGGGUGACGGUUCUGAAGACGAGGACUAUUCAGCCAGUCUUAGUGCUGUUCUGCGGCAACGAAGGGCGAGCGUGCGCCGAUCACGGAAGGGGCGAGUGAGGCGUCCAUCCUCGCCGUUCUUAACUGACGAAAGUCGUUCCAGAAGACGUUCCUCUGUCUUUACUACCAGCUCUGGAGACACAGCUAUAUCUAUGGAGGAUGGACAAUCAGCCGUGGUGACUCAAGAGCAAAUCUUCCAGAACAUUCACCUGCACAAAGAGGUGCUAGGUUCCGUGAAGCAGCAGCCCCUUGGUAUGAGGAGAAAGCUCAAAAUUGUUCAUCAAGCUAAAACCUACAUCAAGAGGCAUGAAGGUCAGCUGCAGGAACGACUGGCACAAUCAAAAAGCACCAGGGAUAUCUAUGCACGAUUCAAUAUAUUGUUGGCGACAAAAUGGCAACAACUAAAACGUGAAGCUGCCAACACGUCAAACCUUCUUAUUCCCUGGGAGCUGCGUAUCAAGGAAAUUGAAUCCCACUUUGGUUCAGUCGUCGCAUCCUACUUCACAUUCCUUCGAUGGCUGUUCUGGGUCAACUUGGUCAUCGGUUUCAUACUGCUGGUGUUUGUUAUAAUUCCUGAGUACUUAACAGCUGACCCUCAACAAGACGGCUCAAGAAAGAUAAUUAUGGAAGAAGAACGUCGCAACGCCACCAACCUGCUCACACUCUGGGAAUUUGAAGGAGUCCUGAAGUGUUCCCCAAUAUUCUAUGGGUAUUACAGCAACAUCGAAAGGCCUCAGUACUGGAUGCCGUUAGCUUAUUUCUUAACAGGAUUGGGGGUGUAUAUUUAUAGCUUCGUCGCUAUAUUGAGGAAGAUGGCGGAGAAUUCACGAAUGUCUAAACUGUCAGAAAAGGAAGACGAGUGUAUAUUUUCAUGGAAACUAUUCACCGGGUGGGAUUUUAUGAUUGGGAAUACGGAGACUGCACACAACAGAAUUGCUUCAGUCAUAUUGGGCUUUAAAGAAGCACUUCUUGAAGAAGCUGAGAAGAAGAAGGAUUUACGGAAUUGGCGCAUCAUAUCACUACGAGCGUUAGUAAACAUAUGUGUAGUCAUACUGCUAGCAGUGUCGGCAUAUGCAGUUGUAACCGUUGUUUCGAGAUCUGACGAUAACCCGAAGUCCCGGAGUUGGUGGAGAGAAAAUGAAACGACCAUCGUGGUUACCCUAAUAUCAAUAACAUUUCCUGUAUUCUUCGAACUUUUGGGUUUUUUGGAGCACUAUCAUCCCAGGAAGCAGUUGAGACUGCAGCUUGCAAGGAUUAUGUUGUUAAAUUUGCUCAAUUUAUAUUCUUUAAUAUUUGCACUAUUCAGCAAGAUUGAAGGUAUGAGUAAUGAGUUAGAUUUAUUAAAACCAAUUCUGAAAGUAAAUGCAACUCUUAUAUCUAAUAAUACGCUAGAUAUUAGUGAAUCUAUGGUUAUUAAUAUACCCACGGCCUGCCACGAAGAAAGAGUCUCUUGUGAACCCUGUAAUAUCAUUCAUACCAUAGAUUUAACAAACACAAAUAAUAUUAAAUCAACUCUUUCUCAUACUCCUUCUAAUACUCCAAUUUCAAUCAAACCCACUUAUAAAAAUAUUACUGGAAACCAUUCAAGUGAAGUUAAUCAAAUAAUAACUAGUAAAAAUGUAACUAUAUACCCAUCUGCAGAGAAUUUAAUUGAAAAUGAAAGAGAUAACGAAGUAGUAGAAACUACAAUGAUUAAUAUUAUAAUGAAAGAACUAGAAAGGUUAAGAAAUAUUAGUGGUCUGAGUAAUUCCGAAGAUGAUUUAAAUGAUCCUACCUCAUUCAUAUAUGAUUAUGAUUAUAACUAUAAUGAUACUUUAUCUACUAUUGAUACGUCGACUAUCCAUGAUUACAUAAAUAAUUUUACUUUAAGUGAGAAUAAUAGUAAUAGUUUUAUUGAGGGAGUAUCAAUAAAUACCGAAACCUCAGUUAGUGAUUUAAAUCUAGACCAAAACAUUUCACAUAGUUAUAAUAUGUCCGCAACAACGGAGUUUACUGAUUAUUCGUCAGACACUGAUGCAACUGAAUCAUAUACAAGCACAUAUUAUGAAGAAGACAGUAGCUUUCUAAAUAUUAAUAAUAAUGAAUAUUCGACUAUAAAUCCAACGGCCGAUGAAAAAUCUACUAGCUAUGAUUCAACGACUACUUUCAAUUGGUCAGAAUCUACUAUUUCAUUCACAGAUGCUACAUUUUUUGAUAAUACAACUUACAGUUCAGAUGUUGUUUCGACUGCUACUUUUGUAGAUAUGCCUAUAAUUUGCCCAGAAUUUUUUAAUUGUACGUCAAAUUGUGGUGGACAUAAUAUAACACAAAUAUUUAUUAUAUCCAAAUGUAUAAUUGUGGAAAGAAAGUGCUUUAAGACAAUUUGUGAAAAGUUAGAAGUUCCUUUAAACAGUAAUAAAACUAAUGAAACUACGGUGGAUAUUGUAUAUCUUGACGAAAAAAACAGAAAAAUGUAUAAUUUAACAGUAACGACUAAGAAAAAACUGUUAAAAUUAUGUUGGGAAACAAUGUUUGGACAGGAAUUAGUAAAACUGACAAUGAUGGAUUUGGUCUUUGUGUUAUUAGGGACUCUGUUUAUGGAUUUUUUUCGCGCUCUUUUUGUCAGAUUCAUGAAUCGUUGUUGGUGCUGGGAUUUGGAGAAAAAAUUCCCAGAAUACGGAGAUUUUAAAAUAGCUGAAAAUAUUUUACAUUUAAUUAACAAUCAAGGAAUGGUUUGGAUGGGGAUGUUUUUCUCACCUGGCUUGGUUGUUUUAAAUGUUGCUAAACUAAUGAUUAUGAUGUAUCUCAGAUCUUGGGCAGUUAUGACCUGCAAUGUUCCCCACGAAGUAGUUUUUAGGGUAUCAAAAAGUAACAACUUUUAUUUAGCAUUAUUACUCACAAUGUUAUUCCUAUGCGUGUUACCUGUAGGUUACACUAUAGUAUGGGUGAAACCCUCCUGGCAUUGUGGACCUUUCUCUGAGUAUGAGAAGAUAUAUUAUAUAUUGACAAAUAAUAUUUACAAAAUACUUCCAAAAUCUCUCAAUUUUGCUUUAGAAUAUAUCGCUUCACCGGCAAUAGUAAUUCCUUUAUUGGUUUUGCUAAUUCUAAUUAUUUAUUACUUAACAUCUUUAACGAAUUCACUCAGAGAAGCAAAUAAUGACUUAAAGAUUCAAUUACGCCGAGAAAGAACUGAGGAAAGAAGAAAAAUGUUCCAGUUGGCUGACACUAGAAGGAGAGUUGGUUCGUCAGCUAUGGAUAAUACACCAUUUUCCAGAUGGAAAAAAGCCUUACCGUCCCUACCUCUCAGUAAAUCUAUUGACUCCGAUGAUCGUAAAACCAUAACCGUAGAUGAAACCUCAGAACCAGGAAAAAUAGUUAAGAAAAAAGGCAGUAUAUUUGCAAAAAUAGUUGGUAUGGCUGUGGAUAAAAAACCUGAUAUAGAAACUGUAUCAGACACGCAUGAUGGUGUUAGCCCAUCUUCGAAUAACGUAGAUGAAGAAACUGAUUCUGACUUUCACGAAGCAUUACCGAAAGAAGUACUAAAAAUAAAAGACAUUAUUUUUAAAAAUACACAUAUUAAGAAGAGGAGUACUGUUGAAUUUAAAGCACAAAUGAAAACAAAUGAAACUUCAAAUUUUCAAAUAGAGGAAAAAACCCUAAAGGUAAAGUUAGAAAAAGCUGAUGACCGCACUGAAAAGAAAGCAAUUUUAGAAAAACAGAAACUAGAUCGUAUGAAGGGUGAAACUGUAAAGUCAAAAACAGAUUCUACGGAAAUACCUGAAGUAAUAUCAAAUGUUGAUAGAAGAUUAAAUAAGAAACAAACUUCAGAAACUAGUAACCAGUCAAGACAGUCUGAUUCUAUUGGAUCUGUGAUUCCCGUAAUAACUAUAAGUACAACGGAGAGUGAUGAAGAAGUAUUGCAAUCACGAAAUGAAAAAAAUAAUAAGAAAGAAGAUGAUCAAGAUUAUGAUGGAAAUAUAGAAGAUUGCAUGCAGAAAAUCAACAAAAGAAGUUCAGAUUUAAAAUCUUUACGUAGACAGAGCAGUGUGGAUAGUAUUAAUGAACAACAAAAAACGCCAAAAGAGAAGAAAUCCGAUGACGGACACAAAUAUCAGUACUCAUUAUAA